AAUGCCAUGCUCAGGAAGGUGGCGGUGGCAGCUGCCUCCAAACCCCACGUGGAGAUCCGCCAGGACGGGGACCAGUUCUACAUCAAAACUUCUACCACUGUCCGCACCACUGAGAUCAACUUCAAAAUCGGAGAGAGCUUCGAGGAGGAGACGGUGGAUGGACGAAAGUGCAGGAGUUUGGCCACUUGGGAGAACGAAAACAAGAUCUAUUGCAAACAAACUCUCAUUGAGGGAGAUGGCCCCAAAACAUACUGGACUCGAGAAUUAGCUAAUGAUGAGCUGAUUUUGACCUUUGGUGCUGAUGAUGUUGUGUGCACAAGAAUUUAUGUAAGAGAGUAAAACCAUCAAUUUCCUUGUCAUCUGGGCUGAAGUGGAGAACUGUGAAAAUCCCCAGUCUAAGGAGUAUCUGUGUGUGCUGUUCCUAAUGCAGUGUCGUAUGUGACUGUGUGUGUUAUACCUGAACCCAGAGCCUCUGUCAAGUGUAUUUUGCUUUCAUUUUUCAUUGCAGACACUAUUCCUUCCCACUUUUAUGCCAUCAUUUUUCAUGUCUGCUUUGUAUUUUGUAGUUGUCACUUGCUAUGGUUUCCUUGGUUAUUAAACUUAUUGGGCAGAACUCACA